AUGCUUUGCGAAAGGGAAACUAAAUCAUCAACCACAUUGCAAUGCCAACAAAACCAAGAACGACGUCGUCAGCAACCUGAAAGCGAUUGUCCUCAGGCGCCAAAACCAGACAUGAAAAGAGGGAGAGUAAGAAAGUUGGACACUCUUCUCACAUUCACCCGACAACGAUCCAUUCAGAUUCUCAUCGUUCUUGCGCUCUUCUACGCCUUCUUCGUCACCCUCGAAAUCCCCUUCCUUUUCAGAAACGCUCAACAACUACCCUCUCGCCUCCCGCGGCUAGUUCGCCGCCCAAACGGCGUUGUCUCUGGUUUGAUCCUGAAUGACGCCGCAUUCGAUUCCAGUCUCUACCAAUCCGCCUGCAGCGUCGGCAAGGCUGUUUGGGCCCAACUUAAAUCAGGCAACCCGCCGGCUCCCGUUUCCAAGCCCGAUAACCGAUCCGAGCUGUGCCCCGGAUCUAUAUCAAUAUCCGGGCCAGAGUUUUUGAUCCGCGGGAGUUUGAUGGUGAUUCCCUGUGGACUCACGUUGGGGUCCCAUGUAACGGUGGUUGGGGAGCCGUCAAGGGCUCAGGGGAGAAGGUGUCAGUUUGUGAUGGAGUUGCAGGGGCUGAAGACGGUGGAGGGUGAAGAACCACCAAAGGUGUUGCAUUUCAAUCCUAGAUUGAGAGGGGAUUGGAGUGGGAAGCCUGUGAUUGAACUCAACACGUGUUACCGCAUGCAUUGGGGUACUGCAAUGCGUUGUGAUGGUUGGAAAUCCAGAGCUGAUGAAGAUACUGUUGAUGGGUUGGUGAAGUGCGAGAAGUGGAUUGGGGGCGAUGAUCAUGACAGGCAAGCAGUGGAGACCAAGGCAGAGUGGUGGUUGAAGAGACUGAUAGGUCGGACAAAACGAGUAACAUUUGAUUGGCCAUUUCCAUUUUCUGAGAACAAGCUAUUUGUUCUUACUCUCAGUGCUGGGUUGGAGGGUUACCAUGUUAAUGUUGAUGGGAGGCAUGUCACCUCUUUUCCUUAUCGCACUGGCUUUACUCUUGAGGAUGCUACUGGUCUUACUUUGAGCGGGGACAUUGAUGUCCAUUCUGUAUUUGCUGCUUCUUUGCCUUCGGUGCAUCCCAACGUUUCCCCGCGGCAGCAUCUUGAAUAUUCGACUAGAUGGCGUGCCCCAAAUCUUCCUUACUCUGGUGUGGAAUUGUUCGUAGGGAUCCUUUCCGCCGGAAACCAUUUUGCUGAGCGGAUGUCUGUGAGGAAGUCAUGGAUGCAGCAUAGCUUUAUCAAAUCUUCGAAAGUAGUGGCUCGCUUCUUUGUAGCACUGCACCCGAGGAAGGAACUUAACGUGGAGUUGAUGAAAGAAGCAGAAUAUUUUGGUGAUAUUGUUAUAGUUCCUUACAUGGAUAACUAUGACCUUGUUGUGUUGAAAACAGUGGCCAUAUGUGAAUAUGGGGUUCGCACAGUUUCUGCGGAGUAUAUCAUGAAGGGAGACGAUGACACUUUUGUAAAAGUUGAUGAUAUUAUGACUCAAGCAAGGAAUGUUCCAUAUUCUAUGAGCUAUUAUAUUGGGAACAUUAAUUACCACCACAAACCCUUGCGCCGUGGUAAAUGGGCCGUGACAUAUGAGGAGUGGCCAGAAGAGGAAUACCCACCUUAUGCUAAUGGACCGGGUUAUAUUUUGUCUUCUGAUAUUGCAACCUACAUUUUAUCUGAAUUUGAGGCCCACAAAUUAAGGUUGUUUAAAAUGGAAGAUGUGAGUAUGGGAAUGUGGGUAGAACAAUUUAACAGAACGAAACCAGUAUACUAUUUGCAUAGCUUCAAGUUCUGCCAGUAUGGUUGUGUAGAAGGCUAUUACACAGCCCAUUACCAAUCGCCUAGGCAGAUGAUGUGCCUAGAGGAGGAACCAUCUUUGAAUUCAGAGAGGAGGAACGAAGAAAACAAGUUUUGCAGUCAUAGCUUAGACUCAACAUUGUUACUCGAUUUUCUCUUCUACCCUUUCUUUUUGUUUCAGCAGAAUGGAUUGGAAGAUCUUGGUGAGGUGGAAGCUGUGGCUUUUUCUUCCCUCAAGUACGACUUCACCACGCUACUGAUAGUGACUGCAGUUUUGUCUACUUCACGUCUUCGACCCUUACCAGCUAAGGAAAACUGCACAACCAAGUUUCCUUUCAAUCAAAGUCAUCAUAACCCAAAAAGAUCUGUCCCCAUUCUCCACUGGCAACUUGAUCAAAAUCAACUCCAAGAGAAGAGCACCAUGAAGAUGACCGAGAUGUGGACAACAAUGGGGUCAACCUUAGCUAGCUUCAUGUUCUUGUGGACGAUCAUGAGGCAGUACUGUCCCUACGGGGUUCAACGUUUCUUUGAGAAGUACACACAUAGGAUCAUGAGCUACUUCUCCCCUUACAUUAGAAUCUCCUUCCAUGAGUACAUGGGAGACAGGCUAAAGCGCAGUGAGGCCUAUGCAGCUGUGGAGGCAUACCUCAGUGCCAACACAUCAAAGAGUGCUAAAAGGCUCAAAGCUGAAAUGGGUAAGGAUAGCAGCAACUUGGUGUUGACUAUGGAUGAGUAUGAAAGAGUGACGGAUGACUAUGAGGGUGUCAAAAUCUGGUGGGUCUCUAGCAAAGUUAUAUCAACAACAAGGUCCCCAAUGUCUUAUUAUCCAGAACAGGAGAAAAGGUUCUACAAGCUCACUUUUCACAACAAGUAUAGAGACUUAAUAACUGAGUCAUAUUUGGAGCAUGUGAUGAGGGAGGGGAAGGAGAUUCGUUUGAGGAACAGGCAGAGGAAGUUGUACACUAAUAGCCCUGGCUACAAGUGGCCAAGUUACAAGCAAACCAUGUGGAGCCACAUUGUGUUUGAGCACCCUGCUACUUUUGAAACAAUGGCCUUGGAGCCAGAGAAGAAAAAGGAGAUCAUUGAGGAUUUGGUCACUUUCAGCAAGAGCAAGGAUUUCUAUGCAAGGAUUGGGAAGGCAUGGAAGAGGGGGUACCUUCUUUAUGGCCCUCCUGGGACAGGAAAAUCCACUAUGAUUGCUGCAAUGGCCAAUUUGUUAGCCUAUGAUGUUUAUGACUUGGAGCUCACCGCAGUGAAGGACAACACAGAGCUGAGGAAGCUUCUGAUUGAAACAACCAGUAAGUCUAUAAUUGUUAUUGAGGACAUUGAUUGCUCUCUUGAUCUUACAGGGCAGAGGAAAAAGAAGGCAGAUAAGUUGUCGGACGACGAGACGGAUAAGGAUGUUGUUGGAAGGAAAGAGGCCAAGGAAGAAGGAGGGAGUGGCAGCAAAGUGACACUCUCAGGGCUGUUGAAUUUCAUUGAUGGGAUUUGGUCUGCUUGUGGAGGGGAGAGGUUGAUUGUGUUCACAACCAAUCAUGUGGAGAAACUUGAUCCUGCACUCAUUAGAAGGGGGAGAAUGGACAAGCACAUUCAGCUCUCCUAUUGCACGUUUGAUGGCUUUAAAGUGCUUGCAAAUAAUUACUUGAAGCUUGAAACUCAUCCUUUGUUUGAGACUAUCAAGAGGCUAAUAGGAGAAGUCAACAUCACUCCAGCUGAUGUUGCUGAAAACCUCAUGCCUAAGUCCCCACUGGAUGAUCCUCACAAGUGUCUCUCAGACUUGAUUGAAGCACUUGAGGAAGCUGCAAAAGCUGAGGAACUGAAGCAGAGUUGUCCCAUUGAACAUGAGGAACUUCCUCAACAAAAUGGAUCCAUCAAGGAAAAUGGUGAGCUUUCAGGUGACAAAACAAUUGACCAAACAAUGAAUCAAUGCCAGCUAUGGCUGGCUAAUGAUACAUAG